UCGGAAGGAUACAAUCUUACAUUGUCCUGGACUUGAGCAGUAAAGGAUAAAUCUGAUCACUGGCUGACUUGUCAUCUCUUUGUUGUGAUGGACAAAUGGUUGCUUAAAAUAAACCUUUUGUUAUGCUGCUAAAACUGCCUUUGAAUCCAAGAUCUGUUGUGAUUUUUAAAACACAAACCCAAAAAUGUCAGAACCCGACCCUUCAUCUGGAUUUGUAGGAAACAUGGAAAAUGGGACUUUUCUGGAGCUGUAUCCCACAUCCCUUUCAACUUCAGUGGAUUCAUCACCUGGCCGUUUAUCCAAUGUCUAUGUCUAUGUUUCAAUAUUCCUUAGUCUCUUAGCUUUUCUCCUUUUGCUAUUGAUCAUUGCACUUCAGAGGCUGAAAAACAUAAUUUCUUCCAGUUCCUCCUACCCAGAAUAUAAUAGUGAUGCUGGAAGUUCUUUCACUAAUUUAGAGGUUUGUAGUAUUUCUUCCCAGCGCUCUGCUCUCUCAAAUCUUUCUUCAUGAAACUAAAUGAAAGGAAACAUACAGGGAACGGAAGAGCUUUGCCCAGUUUCUUGGGGAGGUAGUGCAUGCAACAUUUGCCUUAGAAGACUAUUAUGAAUAGAUGGCUUUCAAAGUUUCCGUAGGGUUUUUUCUUUCCUUUCUAGUCUGCAUUUCCCCUUUUACUAAUGUUCUUUUUCAUUCUGGACAAUGGAUAAUGACAUUUGUUCAUCAUGUCAUACCUGCAGUAGUGAUGCUGUCUUUAUCUCACACAUAUAUGGUAUUCAUUAAAAGUAUUCCUGCCAAGUUGUAAUACGGUUCUAACUGAAUGUGUCAUUUUUCUGCUCUAGUUGUGACCCCCUUUGCUGGUUUUGUAUCAGUAACAUGGUCACUACAUUUCUUUCUCCUGUUUUAACUAGAUAAGGACUUUGGGGUGAAAUCCCUAUUGCAAAAGUAUAAAAAAACCCACUGCUUAAGUUAUAAAUAUUAGGACAAUUUGAAGUUGUUGGUAUUUUGUUUUGUUUGGUUUUUAAUUUUCAAGUCUUUUAUGGUAUUUAUUGAUGUUUAUAAAAUCCAUUUCUUGAAUGUUGCUUUUGUUUAUUCAUACUCCUAACUCAUUCUAUAUAAAGUCUCUGUAUUUCGGUCUCUUUGGUUAACUUAGUAAAGCAACUGCAAUAACAAUG